AUGUCAAACGAUAUCUCACCAUUCGUCCACAAGUUCCGAGCCACCGGCGACGCCUUCUCGAGCAACGCCAGCGGCAAAGUUAUCAAACGCAAUCGACAACCAUUAUCAUGUCUCCCAUGUCGUCAACGCAAGCUGAAGUGCUCGCGACAGCAACCAUGUGAAACUUGUGCGAAGCGUGGCGACGAAGCUCUAUGCGUGUACGGUAGCAAGUCUACCGGUCAGAGCCACGAUGGUGGCAAAUCAGAUGCACCGAAGGCCAAGGCACAGGAUCGGCUACGGCAGCUGGAGCAGCUUGUGAUGUCGAUGGUGGACUCUUCCGGCCAGAAGUCGGACCCAUCUAGCGCGUUGACGCCCGAGUCUGCGUCCAGCGGCGAUGUGCAGGGUGUGCUUUCGAGGGACGCCAGCGGCGACACUUCGAAAUACGUUGGCUCGACGCACUGGGCAGCUAUCUUGGAGAACAUACAGGACCUCAAGACAACGCUAUCUGUGGACGACUCACCGGAGGAAUCUCAAGCCAACCACACGGAGCCCCCAAACCUCGCGGACCGCGACUGCCUCUUCGGCUACUCACAACCCAUGGCCUUGCCGCAAAUACUAGCUCAAUAUCUCCCGUCGCGACAGCAGGCAGAUCGACUCAUGUCCGUCUACUUCAACGCACAGUACAUGACUAUGCCGCAUACUCACACUUACCAGUUCCAAAAACAGUACGAAAAGUUCUGGGAGAACCCAUCAGAAGUCAGCCCACAUUGGCUGUCUGUGCUGUUUUCAAUCUGUUGCAUAGGUGCAAGGUUGAUGGAAGUCGCAAGAAGUACGGCGGCUUCGCCGAAUAACGAAGAAGCCGGAGUGUUCAAGCAAUACCUCAAUGCAUCUGGAUACUGCAUUCGUUUGGGCGGAUUCGAGCCCGCUAGGUGGGUGCUUGAGUCGCUUUCUCUGUAUUGCCAGUGUCGGCUACUUCAGUCUACGGAUCCUUCGCGGCAGGUUGGGCUCGUUUUUACUGUGCUUGUGCACCUUGCAUAUCGGAUGGCAUACCAUCGCGACCCGGAUAUACUGGGGAACUUCUCGCCUUUCGAGGGCGAGAUGCGUCGGCGUGUGUGGGCUAUGAUUCGACAAUUCGACCUGAUGGCGUCCUUCCAGCUCGGUCUUCCAGCAAACGUCGUACCUGACUCAUGGGAUACCAAGAUGCCCAGAAACCUGCUCGACUCAGACUUUAACGAGGACACCAAAGUGCUUCCUCCUUCUCGUCCCGAAUCCGAACCAACCAAGAUACUCUACUUCAUCGUCAAGUCGCGGCUCAUGGGCUGCUUCAGCAAAAUCUGCUCACAAGCGAUGUUGUUCAAGACGAGUACACAGGCCGAGAUCAUGCUCUAG